CACUCUCAGUUACUACAUAUUGUAACCUUGCUGCACGUGUGUUGGUCAAUCUCACAGUAUAUUGUACACAGAAAGCAACAAAAAUGGCAAAUCUCAACGAUGCACAGAUGAAACUUGUUGCUGAUCUUGAAAUUGAAAUGAUGGCUGACAUGUAUAACAGGAUGACAAAUGCAUGUCAGAAGAAAUGUAUUCCAGCCAAGUACAGAGAUCCCGAUUUGACAAAAGGGGAAGCUGUGUGUAUCGACAGAUGCGUAGCAAAGUACCUGGAAAUCCAUGACCGAAUUGGCAAGAAAUUAACAUCCUUGUCACAGCAAGAUGAAGCAACGAUGAAGAAACUUCAAUCACAAGUGCAAAAUCAAUCCUAGCAACAAAAUAGACAUGAAAUAGACAUUGUCCAUGGUGUAUAUAUGUGGUUUAUGUGAUGCAUGUACGUGUGGAGGUGUAUGUAGUCAGAUGUUUUUCACCAGAGAUAGCUGCUGUUAGGAACAAGAUAACAGGAUCACAUUGCCAUCAAUCAAAUGUCAUACUUCAUACCAGACUUCCUGUUUCCCCAAAACAUUACAGCUGUGAGUAUAUUGCUCAUACUACAAAAUCAUGAUGGUUUUCUUGAAAGUUGUACCCACCAAUGGAGAUGAGCGAUGUACUCAAGUGCACACUGUACACAAGAAAAGUAUUCGAGAUUUCUGUGUUGACAUAUGGAAUUGAAAAUGAUAACACAUGGGGAUGACAUUCAUAUAGACACAUCUUUAGAUGAUGUACACGUUAAAAUGUUGUCAUGAGUACGCAUCAUCAGUGAUGAUUGAAGGUAGAUUGGAAAGAAUAUAUUUCAUGUGAAGAGUAUCAUUGUGAUAUGUGUGGCUGUCAUUCAAUCAUGUCUUGCUGUGUUAUGUCGAUUCCAGAGGUUCAGAAUGAGAGUGAGAUCUCAAUAGCUGCAGGUGAAGUGAAGAGGUAAUAUUACAGUGUCAUGUCAUUGUUUGGGCACUCAGUGUGUGAUUAUUGAAUGCUGCUAAUCAUUUGUUACUAGCAUAGAAUUUAUAUUCAGAGUAAAACAUGUCCUUGCAUAAUGUUUAGUUUAUCUAUUGUAUGAAGACUUUGGAAAUAAACAUCACAUCUAGUUACCGUACUGAACACGUUUUAUAUACUAGCAUCAGCCAUGUGAUAAAGGUCUCAUUGGGUGCUAUGUCUUUUAGUUGAUUUACAAUUUUUAACUAAAAUUCAAUGUAGGUGGUCAGAUUUUUUAAUGGGUUUCCUUUGUUGUUUAACGCCACACUCAACAAAUUUUCAGCUACCUAUUUGACGUGGUCUGUAAAUAACUGAGUAGGGACCAGACAAUUCAUCGAUUGACAUGAAUAUCGAUGUCCAAUGGGGAUACAAUAACAUACAUCAACAAAGUCAUCGAGCCUGACUACAGGAUCCUAUAAGGUGCCUCUUACAACGCAUAGGUUGCUGAAGACCAAUUCUCACUUGGUUUUCAUGGGUCUUUUGAGGAUAUAUGAUCAUCCAGAUAAGUACUAGUACCAAAGGGGAAAAUACGAAUUGUUUGCUCGCUGAGCUUUAUCCAAACACAAUCAGUGCUCUAAUAUGUUAAUGUUCUUCCACAAGUUUUUGUGGCAUUGAAUAACAAUAGGGUUUUCCCAUCUACUAUUUAUAUUCACAAUAAUGUUGACUUCAAAAGAGGUGCUCUUCCAACUUAUUGUUAAUUUUACUCUUUUAAUUAUGUAAGUCGUGUCUGUUAUCAAAAACCAUGGAACCUCAAAGAGAUGGGUCUGGAAUGCAGGUUGUGAGCUUCCUUGUUUCCAAGACACCUUAUUUGUUGAUCCCAGUAUUGCCCUGUGCCCAUCUUGUGAAGUUUCCACCUCUCUUCCUCAAGCUCUGGAUCUGCCUCAUAACCCAGUUUCUGUGUAAGACCAUCUCUGUUUUUCUAACUAAUGCAGUGUUAUAACUUGUAACAAACAUAUACUAUUUGACUCCAGGGACUGUGCGGGGCAGUAGGGUAGCCUAGUGGUUAAAGCAUUCAGUCGUUGCACCAAAGACCCGGGUUCGAUUUCCCACAUGGGUACAAUGUGUGAAGCCUUUUUCUGGUGACCCCCGCCAUGAUAUUGCUGGAAAAUUGCUUAAAGCAGCAUAAACCUAAACUCACUCACUCACUCCCCCUGUGUUCAGGGCCAGUUGCCACCCCUGACCUAUUUUCAAAGUAGCGGUUGGGUAGCAUAAUGAUUAACGCAUCCGCUUGUCACGCUGAACACCCAGGUCAGAUUCCCCACAUGGGUACAAUGUGUGAAUCCCAUUUCUGGUGUCCCCCACCAUGAUAUCACUGGAAUAUGGCUAAAAGCAGCUUAAAAGUAGACUCACUCACUAUUUCCAAAGAUUCACAGCAUCUGAAAUAUCUUCUGAAUAACAUCUUCAAAAUAUGAUCACUUCAUAUGAUACUUCCAGUAUGUUGUGAAUGGACUUGAAAGAAUGUCUAAUGUUCAUGGCAGUACAUAACGCAGGUUCAGUUGAUGCAGAUUCUAUGUAAUUAUAGAGAUGUAAAGAUUAUUAUGUAGAGAUAGCAAAGUUUGUCAGGUUUGGAAUAUGCUGAUGAAUUUUAGACAUACUAGAAUAUUAAUAACAGAAAAGUGUGAUUUCCCAGUUGGUAUGUAGAUAUGUAAUAUGUCAUCCUAAAAUAUAUUUUAGCCAGUGUAGACAGACUGUUUUCCAAUUCCAGAUGUAAUGCUGUUUGUAUAACUGCAAAUUAAUAAAAAGGUAGAAACUGUAA